AGUCGUCCGCGGACACCGCACACCGUGUCCCGUUCCGAUUUUAACCGCAAAACAAUAACAAAAGAACUUGGCCGCUCGCCGCCGUCAGUCGGGUCCGCCGCACUGCCAGCAGCCGUCGCCUUUAUUGUGAACCGUCGUCGUCCUCAUUAUCACAACAUCAUAUUGCGGAAAAGCGGUCGUCGGCGGACAAGCGAAACGGCAAGCAAGCGUCGUCGUCGUCGUCGUCUGGAUUAUUUUCAUUACAAAUUUUUCUACCCGUCGCGCGCCCCGCCAACGGCUGUCCGUCGCCAUUAUGGGCUCACUACGGUGAUAACAAAAUCACAUCCCUUGGCCGAAGCUUGUCACAAAAUCGCCUUGUGCGCGUCCACCGCCGACCGUGAUCAUGCACCGCAGCAGAUACGGAUGUCAGCUGUAAAAAGUCCACAGACUACAACCGUGUACUCGUUGCAGAUGCAUUGGCCCAAAUAUCGUCAUUAAUUAUUUGCCGAGUGCCCGUAAGUGUUUCGUCGUCUUGGAUGACCCAAAAUGCUUUCUCCUGUGUUUUUCUCUCGUCUCGCGACAACGAUAACCCGAUAAACAACAGUAUUUAAUAUAAACAAUAGAAUGGCUACUCAAGUUGAUUACCAAUGGGCAUAUAAUAUAAUGGACUCAUCUCGAGUAUCUACGUUUUUGAUUUCCAUUUUACUGAUUGUUUACGGCAGUUUCAGGUCAUUAAAUAUGGAACAAGAAGCAAGAGAGAGAGAGAAAGAAAAAUCCAAAGGGUCUACCGGAAGUGCAGUGUGCUUAACUGAUAUUAGUAAGCGUAAACAAGUUUUACUUACAGAAGUUCAAACACUGGACACAAUGCAGGCGUUAUGUUUGCCAAUAGGAGCUUCUGUAUCAUUGUUAGUUAUGUUUUUCUUUUUUGACUCCAUGCAAAUGUUGUUUGCUAUAUGCACUGCUAUUAUUGCUACAGUGGCUUUAGCGUUCCUCCUACUUCCUAUGUGUCAAUAUAUUAUCAAUCCAUGUUCUGAUGGAAAUAAGAUCUCAUUCGGUAUUUGUGGUCGAUUUACCACUGCAGAAUUAUUAUCUUUUUCCAUGGCAUUGUUUAUAGUUUGUAUUUGGGUAUUAACAGGACAUUGGCUGUUAAUGGACGCUAUGGGAAUGGGGCUCUGUGUAGCUUUCAUUGCUUUUGUUCGUCUGCCCAGUCUAAAAGUUUCCACUUUGUUAUUAACUGGUUUGUUAAUCUAUGAUGUGUUUUGGGUAUUUUUCUCAUCGUACAUUUUCAACACUAAUGUAAUGGUUAAGGUCGCAACUAGGUCGGCUGAAAAUCCAGUAGGGGUCGUAGCUCGUAAGCUUCACAUUGGCGGUGUUGCCAGAGAAGCUCCAAGGCUAUCACUUCCUGGAAAGUUAGUAUUUCCUAGUCUUCACAAUGGCCGUUUUUCAAUGCUAGGACUUGGCGAUAUAGUAAUGCCAGGUUUGUUGUUAUGUUUUGUUUUGCGUUAUGAUGCGUACAAAAAAUCACAGCUUUUGCAUUUCGGCGAGACUGGUGUUCCGCCUCCGAGACACCUUAGUAAAAUUAGUUAUUUCCAUUGUUCUCUAAUUGGAUACUUCUUAGGCUUAGUUACCGCCACCGUGUCUUCAGAGGUGUUUAAAGCUGCCCAACCAGCGUUACUCUAUUUAGUUCCAUUUACGUUGUUGCCUUUACUUACCAUGGCUUAUUUAAAGGGCGAUUUAAGGCGGAUGUGGAGCGAGCCGUUUAUCGUACAACAGCCUUCCAAACACAUGGACGUAUAGCUUUAUUUAGUGAUUAAGAUAAAAUUGUAUAUCUAUUUUUAGUAUUUUUUUGUACAAUUUUUUCUUUUAGUUGUUUUGUAAUAGUUUUAUUUUUAAUCGAUGAACCCCGUUACACGAUGAGUAAUGAUAAUGAUGGAUAUUGGACAUGAACAAACUCAGAAUUUCCAAAAUUCAAACUCGAAUUGUUUCCUCAUUUUAUAAAUAGUUUUAAAAAUGCUUAUACUUUUUGUGUUGGCCUAAAAAAUGUCAACAGACCUAAUAUGGUAUUUGUGUCUAUGUAUGUUGUGCAAUAAUCUAACAAUUUAUAUUCUUUAAAUACUAAAUAGUAAGGUCUGUUGAACGAGUGUCGGCUUUUUUGCAGACAAUAAAAAAAAAAUGUUUUUAUUAUUAUUGUACGUUUAAUAUGAGAUCUGGAAUCAACUGUCAAUGAUCCGUGUAAUUUUGUAUGUUAUUAUUUCUGAACAAACAUGUAUUAUGUAUACUGAAACUAAGCACGUGAAAACUCCUUAAUUAUUUAAUUUUAAUUUUAAAAUCAGUUGCUAUUAGAAUUAUGGCUGUUACGAAAUACUGUUAUUGUAUUUAGUUGAACUUAUUGAACAAAUCUUUUUGAAAUUUAACCCCGGACAAAGUGUUUGUUUUAAAAAAGUUUUUUAUAAUAAUUUUUGCCUAAUAUAUUAAUGGAUGACGAGAGGUUUACUUAAGACUGAUUUAUUUUAUAUUCGUUUUCUUUUUCUCAACUACGAUUACUUUAGACUUUUUGUUUGAAUAAAAUAGGUCUCGUCUUGUUUUCUUCACAAUAGGUUUAUAUGUUUAAGUAAUGUUUUUAUGUUACUGUGUUGCUAAAUAUACCAUUUAAAAUUACAAUUAUGGUGAAACUAAUUUGUAACGAUUUGGCAUGUAUACAAUUAUAAAUUACAAUACGUCAUUACUCAUUA